GGGCCGCGCGGGCAAGAGCGUCUCGCGACGACACGCAGGCAGCCGACCAACCGCUAACGCGGCUGCGCUGCACACCCUGACGUCUCUCUCUAUCGUCCCCGCCCCUCGAAAAAAUUCCCGCCUCAGCGAGCGCCGAGAGGAGAGCAUGCGCAGAAAGACCUGGACUAGCGGGUUGAAAAGCUCAUAAGGUGGGCAAGAGAUAACCAAGACCUGAGGGGAGUUUAUUACAACUUUUGAUCAGAUAAACCGCCUUCAACUCAGACCCCCAAUGAAAAGAACCUUAAGAGAUUAAAACGAAAUCAGGCAAGAAUGUCGAUCAUUACCAUACAACUCGGGCAGUGUGGGAACCAGGUGGGCCGCGAAGUGUUCGAUGCCCUGUGCACGGACCUCCACAGUACACACGAAUUAUGCUCCAAAAAGGAAAACCAGUCCUUCCAGGCAGCCUGCAAAGAGCGGUUCUUCAGUGAGGAGAAAUCUGAAGUUCCAGCUGCUCGGGCUAUUCUUGUUGAUAUGGAGCCCAAAGUGAUUGGCCAGACCCUGUUAAGGGCCUCAAAGUCUGGCCACUGGAAAUAUGACCACCGGUCACACUUCAGUCAGAAGCAAGGAUCGGGGAACAACUGGGCAAGUGGGUACUGUGUCCAUGGGCCCAAGCACAAAGAAGUAAUCAUGAACCUGGUUCAGAAGGAGGCGGAGAAAUGUGACCGACUGAGCGGGUUUCUAACGGUGAUGAGCAUGGCUGGCGGGACAGGCUCAGGCCUGGGCACCUUUGUGACAGAGAGCUUGCAAGAUGCCUACCCAACCGCAUUUCUGCUAAACCAUGUGAUCUGGCCCUACGGAACUGGGGAGGUAAUUGUCCAGAACUACAACUCGCUGCUGACACUCUCGCACCUGUACCAGUCCUCGGAUGCUCUCCUGGUUCACGAGAAUGAUGCCGUCCACAAGAUCUGUGCGCAGCUCAUGAAGAUCAAGCAGAUCUCUUUCCGGGAUGUAAAUCAGGUCAUCGCACAUCAGCUGGGAAGCAUCCUCCAGCCAGCUUAUUCCUCCGAAGGGGCCGCUCAGUACAGCCAAAGUCCCCUAGGAGAUCUAAUGGAAGCCGUGGUCCCCCAUCCCGAGUUUAAGAUGUUGGGUCUCAGGAACAUUCCCCAGAUGUCAGAAACCUCCCUAGCCUACAGCACCUUUGCAUGGCCCGGACUCCUGAAACAACUGCGGCAGAUGCUGAUUGCCAACGCCAGAAUAGAAGAAGGUAUCGACUGGCAGGUGCGUCCUCCGUUGCCUGGGCUCUCUCCAUCUCAGAAACCCUCUCCAAACAAGGCCGUUAAUUUUAACACUUCCGUCGCCAACCUGGUGGUUUUGCGGGGGAAAGAGGUCCAGACUGCAGAUCUAGGUGGCUUUCGUGACCCCGCUUUGUACACCUCCUGGCUAAACGCUCCCGAUGCCUUGGAUGUUUGGAAGACCCCAAGAGCCUUUAAUAAGUACGAGAAGUCCGUGUCUCUGGUCAGCAACAGCCAGUUCUUACUGAAGCCCAUUGACAACAUUGUGGGGAAAGCUUGGAAAAUGUUUGCUUCCAAGGCUUACGUUCACCAGUACACAAAGUUUGGCAUUGAAGAAGAAGACUUUCUGGACUGCUUCACAGCUCUGGAGCAAGUUGUUGCCAGCUACACCAGCCUGUGAUUCCGUGAUUGUCAUUGACCAGCGCAGAAGGAUUGUGGAGAUCUGAGACUUUAUGGAGGGGGUAGCGAGGAAAGGAACAGGCCUGUUGGAAUCAGGGAAGGCAACCCAGGAGAUUCAGCACAGCAUCUAAAAUGCCAGGGAGCAAGUUAUUCCAGUUAUUCGGGAUUACUUCCUGCAUAGUAUAUCAGAGGCAGUCGGUGAUGAACUUUUAUUGGAUUCUAAAUAUGCAUCAGUGCAACUGAGGAAGACACAGACAACUUU